AAUGACAGCUCAUUCCCAGAGGAUGCUAAAAGUAGAGCACGACGCAUUCUGCAGUCCUGUGGAGGGAACAGUAUGGGUUCCUACAGUGCCAGUCAGGGCAUAGAGUCAGUGCGGCAGGAUGUGGCUCGCUACAUUGAGCGAAGAGAUGGCGGUGUGCCCUGCGACCCAGACAACAUUUUUCUCACCACAGGGGCCAGCGACGGCAUUGUGACCAUGCUGAAGCUCCUGGUGUGUGGCGAAGGUGAGACCCGUACGGGGGUCAUGAUCUCCAUUCCUCAGUAUCCGCUGUACUCGGCUGCGCUGGCUGAACUGGCCGCCGUGCAGGUCAACUAUUACCUUAAUGAGGAAAAGUGCUGGAGUAUGGACCUCAGCGAGCUGCAGCGCUCCCUGGAAGAAGCCCGGCGUCACUGCAACCCCCGAGCCCUCUGCGUCAUCAACCCUGGAAACCCCACCGGUCAGGUUCAGAGCAGACAGUGCAUUGAGGAUGUAAUCCGAUUUGCUGCAAAGGAGCGCCUCUUCCUCAUGGCCGAUGAGGUGUACCAGGACAAUGUGUACGCUGAGGGUUGCCAGUUCCACUCCUUCAAGAAGGUUCUGUUCGACAUGGGGCCGGAGUACUCGGAUAUAGUGGAACUGGUAUCUUUUCACUCCACCUCCAAGUGUUACAUGGGAGAGUGCGGCUUCCGUGGAGGCUACAUGGAGAUCAUCAACCUGGACGAGGAGGUGAGGGCUCAGCUCACUAAGCUGGUGUCUGUCCGUCUGUGUCCUCCUGUUCCUGGACAGGCUCUGAUGGACCUGGUGGUCAACCCUCCGCAGAUCGGGGAGCCCUCGUAUGACAAGUUUAACAAGGUACAGAGUCUACGUCUCAUU